AUGGCAUUUAUCAUUCAGCCCUGUUUCCCGGAAGACGCUCCUGGCCUCGCAACGACUAUGAUGAGUGCUCGUCUCACCGAUCCUCACUGGAGAAUUCUGUGGGAGAACCCAUCUGCCGAAAGUAUUAUUCCUAGGGCCAUCGAGCGGGUUCCUAGAAUUUUGGUGACCGGCACAGAGACCAAACGACAUCAGAAGGUUAUCGAUGUUGAGACCGAUCAAGUGGUGGGGUAUGCGCGAUGGUCCCUCCCUCCAAUCAUGGCAAAGAAGGGUGAUGUCUGGUUGGAGGCACAGGUAGCUGAACCUACUCCUGCCGAUCGUUCAGUGUACGAGAAACGGUAUCAAGAGAACUCCCGAAAUGGACAACCUAUAGGCCUAAAGGGCGGCGAGAUGAUGCAUUAUCGCAGUGAGCCUCUCGAAGAAGCCGAUGCUCGAAUUAUGUCAGGAGGACCGUUUCUGACUCUUGAUUAUCUGACGACAGACCCUUCUUUCUGGCGCCGAGGCGUCGGGAGAAUGCUCGUGCAAAGUGGACUGCAGAUUGCAGAUCAACAUGGAAUAAAGACCUAUGUGAUGUCGGAACCGGCUGCACUGAAGUUAUAUCUCAGCCUUGGCUUUCGACUGGUAGAUACGGUAUCGGUGGACUACUCCCAGUAUGGCGGAACGGAGCCCAUGGUGAUGUAUUUCCUUGUUCGCGAGGUGCCCCAGGUAGAGCCGGUAGCUGCGUGA